AUGCAUUAUCAAAUGCAAUGGGAUCAACGAUACUGGAGAUACGGAUUUACUGAUAAACUGCUUUGGGAGAACCCCCUAUGGAUGGACAUGGCACUGGCACUGUCGAUCACUAGAUUGAAACACCGAAAUGUAAGUCCAAAUCCAACCCAUCUUCCCCAGAUCCCAACACUGAAUAACGCACGCAGUAAACUAGAGUACAGAGUAAAAACAUCAUCAUCACCCGCCAUUCUGCUGAUCAUUCAAUUUGUAAUUUGUUUCGGACCCGCAUGCUUCGAAUAUUCUUCUGGAAGGAAAUUUGAUUACGGGUACCAGUUAGAAGUAUGCAUGGAGUCCACUGAUAUUCAUUUGGUGAAUCUAGUUGGUGAUCCUUGA